AAAUCUUGAAUUGAACAACUAUAAAAUCGUGAUUUCUAGAUUUUCAAAAGCAGAACAUUUACGUGAUAAUUCCAAAUAAUUCCUUGUCCAAGGAAAGCGAAAAAAAAAAACACACAAUUAAAGCAUUGUAAAGACACGUGGCAAAACACAGACUACAAGAAGAAACUCAUGUAGCACUGUCAAUUCUCACCCGCAUGUGAACGUAAUAAAAUCAUUCCACCCAAUUACAGAGGCUGUCACAAAAUCUUAGGUCACCAACUACGUCACUUUUGCUCCUCAAUUGAGUGCUUAUAUACCUAUUUUUGGGUCAUAACUUUUUCGUUCAUACAUUUUCUUUUCCCUCUAUUUUUAACAAAGUUAAGGAAAAAAAUUUAUUCUCUUGAAAGUUUGUGGAGUUUUAUUUAAGAAUAAAAAAAAUUUACAACAAAAUAAUUUGAAGAGGAAAAAAAAAAUGGCAGGACCUGAGGAUGUACACCCACAAAAGGCUUUUGGAUGGGCUGCUAGAGAUACAUCAGGAAUCCUUUUUCCCUUCCAUUUCUCUAGGAGGGCAACAGGAGAGCAAGAUGUAACUUUCAAAGUGUUAUACUGUGGCAUUUGUCACUCUGAUCUUCACUUCAUGAAGAAUGAAUGGGGGAAUGCCUCUUAUCCUGCUGUUCCUGGGCACGAGAUUGUAGGGGAGGUUACAGAAGUAGGAAGCAAGGUGCAAAACUUCAAAGUAGGGGACAAAGUUGGGGUAGGAUGCAUGGUUGGAGCCUGUCGUUCGUGUGAUAGUUGUGACAAGCACCUCGAGAAUUACUGCCCCAAAGUGCUCCUAACCUAUGGAUCCACUUACUACGAUGGCACCCCUACAUAUGGAGGUUACUCUGAUACCAUGGUUGUAGACGAGCAUUUUGCUGUUCGCAUUCCUGAGAACAUGGCACUCGAUGCCACUGCCCCUCUUUUAUGCGCUGGUAUCACUGUCUACAGCCCUUUGAAGUACUUUGAGCUUGAUAAACCUGGACUCCAUGUCGGUGUUGUUGGCCUUGGUGGUCUAGGACACAUGGCUGUGAAAUUCGCCAAGGCUUUUGGUGCUAAGGUCACAGUUAUCAGUACCUCUCCUAGCAAAAAGGAAGAAGCUGUGAACCGUCUUGGUGCUGAUUCCUUCCUGGUCAGCCGCGACCCUCAGCAGCUGCAGGCUGCUGUAGGAACAAUGGAUGGCAUUAUUGAUACAGUCUCGGCAGCUCACCCUCUCUUACCAUUGAUCGCUUUGUUGAAGACUCACGGAAAGUUGGUCAUGGUUGGGGCUCCCGACAGACCUCUUGAGUUGCCAAUCUUCCCUCUGCUAAUGGGUAGGAAGAUCGUGGCUGGAAGCUGCAUCGGAGGCAUGAAAGAGACGCAAGAAAUGAUUGAUUUUGCUGCCAAGCAUGAUAUUAAAGCAGAUAUUGAGGUUGUUCCGAUGGAUUAUGUGAACACGGCCAUGGAACGUCUUCUCAAAGCAGACGUUAGGUACCGUUUUGUCAUCGACAUUGCCAACACAAUGAAAGCUGAAUGAGAAUAGAUGCAUUAUAAUGAUCUGACGAGGCUGUGAUAAGUUGUGACUUUCUAGAACAAGUCUUGUUUCACUAACUACUUUGGUUACUAUCUUCUAUGUAAACAAUCAACAUUAUAAUCUAUGUAGAACAAUUGAUGUUGUGGUUGAUUUAUAAUACAUGAAUUUUUUUAAUUGGA